CCUUCUGCACGCUCCGACGCUACGGCAUGAAGCUUAACCCCGAUAAGUGUGCUUUUGGGGUGAAAACGGGAAAAUUCCUGGGUUACAUGGUAACGGAAAGGGGAGUGGAAGUGAACCCGGAGAAGGUGCAGGCGGUUUUAGAUAUGGAGGCCCCACGAAAUAUUAAGGAGGUUCAAAUGCUGGCUGGAAGAAUAACAGCUCUGAGUAGAUUAGUAUCUAAGGCCGGAGAGGCUAUUCAACCUUUCUUUAAAAUACUAAGAAAGGGGACUCAAUUCGAGUGGACGGAGGAAUCAGGAAGGGCUUUUGAGCAGCUCACGGAUCUUCUGGCUCGUCUCCCGCUGUUAGCAAAGCCCGCGCCAGGAGAAAAGCUUUAUGUAUAUCUGGCAGUCGGCGAGUUCGCAGUUAGCUCGGUCUUAGCCCGAGAAGAGGACAGAGUGCAGAGCCCGGUAUAUUACGCGAGUAAACUCUUGCGAGGGGCUGAGAUGAGAUACUCCGAGAUAGAAAAGAUGGGCCUGGCGCUAGUAACGACAGCGGGAAAGCUAAGACCCUACUUUCUGUCGCACGCAAUAGUGGUCCGGACAAACCACCCUAUGAAGACAGUGAUGGGAAGGAUGGAAGUUUCGGGAAGAAUGGUUAAGUGGGCAGUAGAGAUGGGACAGUUCGAUAUCAGCUACGAGCCACGGAUCGCCAUAAAAGGGCAAGCCCUAGCAGAUUUCCUGCAGGAAACGACAAGACCAGAAGAGCAAGGUAUAUGGAAGGUGUUCGUCGAUGGUUCGGCGAAUGCAUCAGGAAGUGGGGUAGGAGUGUUGCUAGCAGAGGCGGGCGAGGAGUUGGAAUACGCGAUAAAAUUACCUUUCAAAGCCUCAAAUAAUGAAGCAGAGUAUGAAGCAGUUGUACAGGGGAUGAAGCUGGUAUCUUCAGCCGGGGGCAGAAAGUUGAACAUAUUUUCGGAUUCACAGCUGGUAGUACAACAGGUGAAGGGCGAGUUCGAGAUAAAGAAUGAGCGAAUGAUGGCUUAUUGCGAGACGGUACGGUCGAUGAUGAGCAAGUUCGAAUUCUGCGAGCUGGCUCAAAUACCCCGAGAGGAGAACCAGCGUGCUGAUUUUCUAGCAAAAGUAGGAAGCAUGGCGGUGGGAUACGAGUCAAGAAAAAUACAGUUGCUAGUGGAGGAGCCAUGUAGUGGGGGCGAGGAGCGUGUUUCAACUGUGACAAGUGGGGAGGAUUGGCGCACGGAAAUCAGGGCGUGUCUACAAGGAAAGAUGCUCGCAAGUGGCCGCGCCCAAAAUGUCCUGGAACAGCGAGCAACCAACUUCUGCCUAAUUGGGGAUAUACUUCACAAAAGAGGCUACACUAGGCCGCACCUAAGAUGCCUAUCUCUCGAGGAGGGCCGCUACGUGCUGCACGAGGUUCACCAAGGAUGCUGCGGGGACCAUGCAGGAGUUAGAGCAUUGGUCUCGCGGAUACUAAGGGCAGGAUAUUUUUGGCCCACCUUGAGAAAAGACGCGGCACAGUUUGUCAAGAAAUGUGACAAGUGCCAGAGACAUGGCCCGCUGAUUCACACGCCGGGAGAGGAUAUGACGAUAAUAACUUCCCCUUGUCCUUUUGCACAAUGGGGAAUAGAUAUCGUGGGCCCCAUGCCAUUGGCCACGGGGCAGAGAAAGUUCUUAAUAGUCGCUGUAGAUUACUUCUCCAAGUGGGUGGAGGCAGUGGCAGUGUCCAGGAUAACGGAUACAGAGGUCAUGAAAUUCAUAUGGCAAAAUAUCUGCUGCCGAUAUGGGUUGCCUAGGGAUCUCAUUUCAGAUAAUGGAACACAGUUUAACUCAGCCAGGAUACAGGGAUGGUGUGCCGGUCUGGGUAUCAGGCAGAGAUUUGCAGCUGUGGCCCACCCGCAGGCGAACGGGCAAGUCGAGGUGAUCAAUCGGGUAUUGUUGGAAGGAAUAAAGAAACGUCUGGAGGGAGCAAAAGGAAAUUGGGUGGAGGAGUUGCACGCGGUACUAUGGGGAUAUCGAACAUCACCAAAAGAGGCGACCGGAGAAAGUCCGUUCUCGUUGGUCUACGGGUCGGAAGCUGUCAUGCCAGUAGAGGUAGGAAUGCCGUCCAGCAGAAUUAUGAAUUUUCGUGAAACAGCUAAUAGCAUGCGCUUGCGCGAGGAGCUGGACUUGGUAAUGGAAAAGCAACAGAGCGCGAGAGAAAGGAUGGAGCUCAGCAAAGCUAAGAUUAAGGCAGCCUAUGACAAGAAAGUAAGGCUGAGAGUCUUUCAAGUGGGGGACUUGGUCUUAAAACAGGCGGACGCACUCAAGACAGUGGGAAAGCUAAUGGAGAAAUGGGAGGGACCAUACAAGGUGGUAGCGGUUCUCGCAGGAGGAGCUUACAUGUUGGAGGAUAUGAAGGGCUCAAGGAUAUCUCGCGCAUGGAACGUGUGCCAUCUAAAACGCUACUAUAUGUAGUGCUAAUGUGUUAUAAUAUUUUGUAUUAAAUGCCAUAAGUUUUGACUCUCAUCCGUCUGCCGGCGGAAUGAGCUAUGUUUUUUAAGUAGGAAAAACAGAAUAUGAAGUGGCCUCUUUUGAAAAAUCCGAUGUCUAAUCUAUAAACUCACUCGCACAUAAGCGAACAAAAAAAAAA